UGUUCACUUGAAUUCCAUUGCCGUCCAUUAAAACAUCCGACUUGGAAAAUACAAUAUUAAAGUGGCCUGAAUGAUAUGAAGCUGUGGCUUUGAGCGUGGCAUAAUUACGGACGAUAAUUCUUGAAUAAGGACAUCUCUAAAGGACCGCCGUAUGUGUAACACACGUAUCUUCGUCAGUGCUGUGGUUGCCUGCAUAGCUCGCCAAAACGGAACAAUUGGUGGAUAAUUCUUCUUUUGACUCGGUGGGGCACGUUUCAUCGUUGAAAUAAAGAGCAAUUCGGAUGUCGUUUCUGUCAUGAGUCCGGCUGGGUGCUCCCACGUAAACGUCUUUAAAGUGGAUAACUGGAAACAGAAUCUGCGAGUCAUAUACCAGUGCUUUGUGUGGAGUGGCUCGGCUGAAACCAGGAAACGCAAGGCCAAGUCAUGCAUGUGCCAUAUGUGCGGGGCUCACCUGAACCGGCUGCACUCGUGCCUGCACUGCGUUUUCUUCGGCUGCUUCACCAAGAAGCACAUCCACGAGCACGCCAAAACCAAGAGACACAAUUUGGCUAUAGACCUUUUGUAUGGAGGAAUAUACUGCUUUGUGUGCCAAGACUACAUAUACGACAAGGACAUGGAACAGAUUGCCAAAGAAGAACAAAGGAAAGCGUGGAAACUGCAAGGUAUUGGAGAGAAAUAUUCAACAUGGGAACCUACCAAGCGAGAACUGGAGCUGCUUCGACAUAACCCCAAGCGGCGGAAAAUAACUGCAAACUGCACCAUAGGUUUGAGGGGUUUGAUAAACCUGGGCAAUACGUGCUUUAUGAACUGCAUAGUGCAGGCUCUGACCCACACCCCACUGCUGAGGGACUUCUUCCUGUCUGACAGACACAAGUGUGAAAUGCAGGCCAACUCCUGCCUCGUUUGUGAGAUGUCCCAGCUCUUUCAAGAGUUCUACUCGGGCCACCGCUCCCCCCACAUUCCCUUUCGGCUGCUGCACUUGGUGUGGACGCACGCGCGCCACCUGGCCGGCUACGAGCAGCAGGAUGCGCACGAGUUCCUUAUUGCUGCCCUGGACGUGCUGCACCGCCACUGUAAAGGAGAUGACAAUGGCAAGAAGGCCAACAACCCAAACCACUGCAACUGUAUCAUCGACCAAAUCUUCACCGGGGGCCUGCAGUCUGACGUCACCUGUCAAGUCUGCCACGGUGUAUCCACGACGAUAGACCCAUUCUGGGACAUCAGCCUGGACCUUCCUGGGUCAUCCUCUCCAUUCUGGCCGCUGAGUCCCGGUUCUGACGGCGGUGUGGUGAACGGAGAGAGCCACCCUCCUGGGGCUACCACACUCACCGACUGCCUACGCAGAUUUACUCGGCCUGAGCACUUGGGUAGCAGUGCCAAGAUCAAGUGCAGCGGUUGCCAUAGUUACCAGGAGUCCACCAAGCAGCUGACAAUGAAAAGACUCCCCAUCGUGGCAUGUUUCCACCUCAAACGGUUCGAGCAUUCUGCGAAGCUGCGCAGGAAGAUUAGCACCUAUGUGUCCUUCCCCCUGGAGCUGGACAUGACUCCCUUCAUGGCAUCCAGUAAAGAGAGUCGGAUGAACGGGCAGUACCAGCAGCCAGUAGACUCGUUAAACAAUGAUAACAAGUAUUCUCUGUUUGCUGUAGUGAAUCACCAGGGCACGCUGGAGAGUGGUCAUUACACCACCUUCAUCCGCCAGCACAAGGACCAGUGGUUUAAGUGUGAUGACGCUAUCAUCACCAAAGCCAGCAUUAAGGACGUGCUGGACAGUGAGGGGUACCUACUGUUUUAUCAUAAACAGUUCCUGGAGUACGAGUGACCUUCUGUGGCUGCUGUCUGACCGCCAGCAGAGCAGGCGUGGUGGAGAGCAAGAGGGCGCAGCGCUGCUUGGGUGGAGGUCUAGAGACUCGCACGGUGCCCAGCUGGCCAUGGGCAUGUACAGCCCACACAAUAAACCAUCAAAAAUUAACAACUUUAAAAAAAUUUAAAAAAAGGAUGAAGAAAAAAAAAACAGCGCUAACUAGCUAGCUAAGUCAGUGUGCACUGAGCUACCAGAAUCUACUUGACAAAGUGAGACGUGAGGAAAGUCCAGGGAGAAGGAUGGAGAGCAGCAUCCUUCCUCUGCUCCUUUUCUCUCUCUCUCUCUCUCUCUCUCUCUCUCUCUCUCUCU